CAAACUUGCUUCUCUUUUCAGGUCCCACUGUUUGAUAUACACUCAAUUUGUGUUUCAGUUGUUGUCGUUUAAGGGUUUUUCUCUAGAAACCCUUCACCUCUCAUCCAAUCCCACCAAUCCACCUCAUAAUAACAACAAUUCAAUCCUACCCUUUUUGUUUUUCUAUCAAAUAAUAAUACCCAGAACUUCAAAAUUGAAUCUUUAUCACCCCUAUUCAUAAGGGUGACUGAUAAACAAUUUUCAUUCAAGAAAAAGUUGUUUAUUUUGCUCUCUUGUGAGAGAUUAAGAGAAGCAAAGCAUCUUCUUUUUCUUGAUUACCAUUCAUUUUUAUAACCAUUUCUUAUCAGGAGGAUCCUCAAAGCACUCUUGGCAGCCCGUCAUGACUGCCGAUACAACUGCUCUAAGUUAUUGGAUGAACUGGAGGUUCUUCCUAUGUGCAAUAUUUUUGUUAUUUGCUAUGAUAUUUGCCGCAUUUCUAAUAUGGAAGAAAGAAGGAUCCAAGAAAUCAAAAUCUGGAAGGAUAGAAAAUCGGUGUGAAAGGGCAGGGUCUUUAUAUAAGGAUGAAGCUUGGAAUACGUGUGUGAAAGGAAUUCAUCCCGCUUGGUUGCUUCUGUUUAGGAUAACUGCUUUCAUCAUUAUGUUAUCAUUGAUCACAGCAAAUACCGUUGUUGAUGGAGUUGGAAUAUUUUAUUUCUACACGCAGUGGACGUUUACUUUGGUCACAAUAUAUUUUGCGCUUGGAUCUUCAAUCUCCAUUUACGGGUGUUUCAUACAUCGCAAUGGAUUCAAUGCUGAUCAGUCUUAUCUUGAGAAUUUAGAUGCAGAACGAGGCAGCUAUACAGCUCCCUCACUUGGGGAAAGUGAUGAUAUAUCUGACUUGCCCAAAAGUAUAGAUAUCAGUCGAGAAUCUCAUCGCCGGGAAACUGCAGGUGCCUGGGGCUAUCUCUUUCAAAUUAUUUUUCAGACAUCUGCAGGUGCUGUGGUGCUAACUGAUAUUGUAUUCUGGUUCAUUCUUUAUCCAUUUCUAAUGGGCAAAGAUUACAGUCUUGAUUUUUUGAAUGGCUGUAUGCACUCGGUCAAUGCCAUUUUACUCCUCGGGGAUACAGUGUUAAACUGCUUGCGGUUCCCUACAUUUCGGUUCGCUUAUUUUAUUUUGUGGACAAGCUUAUUUGUCAUCUUUCAGUGGAUCAUCCAUGCUUGCAUUUCGAUGUGGUGGCCGUAUCCAUUUCUGGAUUUAUCAUCUCCAUAUGCUCCUCUAUGGUACAUGGGAGUAGGGAUGAUGCAUAUCGUGUGUUAUGGCGUAUUUGCUUUGAUAAUUAGGCUGAAACAUUUUUGGUUAUCAAGAUCAUUUCCAGAGUCGUAUCAGGGUUUCAGGUGAAACGGAAACUGCCUUGCUGUCAUCCGUUCACCAAGUAACCAUAUUCGCCAACAGCUACCAAUUGUUAUUUUUUGAUAGUAACUGGGCGGAUUGGUGCUGCUGAGGAACUUCAUUAUUUUUUAGAGGAGCAGCUGAGAAGUAAAGAUUGUAUGUGCUCUCUUGUUAAAGUACAUAUAUUUUCAUGAAACAUUGAAAAUGUUAAUUUUUUUGAAAUGGUAAAUAUAUAAAAUUAUUUUACUGUUGCAAGCUUACCAAGAAAGCAAACCGUGAGGAAGUUCAAUGUAAAUAUGGCUGUGCUUGAUAAUGUUUAUCAUCUCUCCAGAAAGAAAUAAAUUUCAUCAAAUAAAAUACUAUGAUUUAUGGUGUC